AAAUCAAUAAUCAAAUCAGGCCUGGCGUUUCACAUUAUCCCUUAACCUUCUGGCAUUUAACGAGGAAACGGAUAAUGACAUCCAAUAACCUCUGAGUCCGAUUAUUUUGCCUCCUCUCUGUGUAACAACUGUCCCUGAAUGCAUCACGGUUUAUCUGUGAGCCCCAAGAACGUGAGGGUCUGCGUCAUGACGUCAAUUGUGCGACGAAACAUGGCAACCUCUGACCUGCCUUAUAUAAAGCCAAAACAAGGCAAAAGACCCCUGGACAGAAUGACGAGCAAGGGGGCCCUGUGGUCCAGAGACGAGGUGGAGUUUCUGUUGGAGAUCUGGGCCGACGACGCCAUUCAGGACGAGCUGGAGAAAACUCACAAAAACUCCAAGAUUUACUCCAAAAUCCGCGACGUGCUGAAUUCUCGCGGAUUCAACAGAACCACCGAGCAGUGUCGCGACAAAAUCAAGAAGAUGCGCUGUCAGUAUCUGAAAAUCCGAGACGCCAUCAGGAGAUCGCGGAGCUCGCUGGACGAGAAGGAUAAGAUGUUCUGGUUCGACGCGGUGGAUAAGAUACUGAGUCAGAAACCCUGCAGCGAGGCGGUCCUGUUCGAGGAGUCCAGAACACACCAGGAGUCCAGAACACACCCGGUUCUGGCGCCUGUCACGGCCAGCACGACGAGCGCCACAUCCUCCGCGUCGGACGCGUCACUCCCCGUGGACCCGCCCAGUCAGGCGCCGUUUGACGACUGCACGGACGUGAAGCCCCCCCCAACUUUGGGCAGGAAGAAGAAGCGAAAGGCGAGGAUGGACGCCAGCGACGUGAUGGGCGUGUUCAUAGAACGGCAGCAGCGGCAGCACGAGGAGUUCAUGCGGAUGGAGGAGCUGCGCCACGAGCAGGAGGUCCAGAUGCUGAACGACUGGAUGAAGGCCAGCAUGGAGGCGGAGGAGCGCCGCCUGGAGCUGCAGAGGCAGACCAAUCACAUGUUUGAGAGGAUGAUGAACAGACUGCUGGACUCCAUGGUGCCCCCUCCCAGCCAAAGAAUGGCUCGAGCUCAACAAACGUCCCCCAUGUAACCCCCCCCCCAUGACCGCUUUCUGUUAUUGGUGGAACAUCAGACUAACCGACCCGUCCCACUAGUCUGAAAACCAAUACUUGAUCUUUUUUAAAACUCUACACCUGUUUCUAAAGAUGCAUUCAAAUGAAAAUCUGGAAAUCUGAUUAUCCUACAAUCCGAAUAAAACGUUGAUUUUUCUCAGUCAGAAGCAAAACAAAGACAAACGAAUAUCCUUAAAGUGCCGCUCCCAUUAUCUUCUGAUCCCGGCGGUCUUUUCAUGACCAUGAGGCCGUUUUUCAUCCAAAGUCCUGAGUCAUAGUUUCUGCAGAGCGGCAGCAGUUCAGCAGAAAUCCGCGUCUCGAGUUGUGGAGCUUGUCGGCAUGUUUUCCACGUCACACUUUACGAGCUUUUUAGAACGGCAUUUUUCAUCUCAUUGUGAGAAAAAUGCCACAAAACAUGUUAAAAACACACUUUUUAUCGGAGUGGCUCUUUAAAUAAACACACAGUUCAAGUCCACACUUUAAAAAGAGUCUUUUCAAGCUGUAUUUUUUAUAGAACUUUACUGGGAAACAGAUGUCCAAAUGCAUCUGAGCAAUGUGAAUAAAGAUGGAUUUGUGAUACACAUA